UUUCCAUCCGGCGGCUCCUCAUUCAGUCCGAGGGAGACACGCGCCGCGCCGCUCCUUUAUUUACCCGACUUUCGGCCCCUUUCUCCCGGCGUCCCCAUGCUCGGCCUGUGCCUCUACGUCCCCGUGUCCAACUGCGAGUCGGUGGAGUACUUCGAGUCCGACGGCCUCCCCUCGGAGCUCAAGUCCGUGUUCAACCGGCUCAGCGUGGCUCUGCCGUCCCAGGAGUUGUCCACCUACCAGCGAUGGCGAAAGAAAACCCUUACAGGGGAAGAAAAAGACCCGGAUGCACAGCUGGACUUUGAGGAGUUUGUUCACUAUCUGCAAGACUAUGAGAAGGACCUGAAGCUGGUGGUGCAAAGCGUCGACAGGAACAAUGCUGGCCACGUAGAUGCCAGGGAGUUCAUGCAGUCCCUCCACGACCUCGGAGUUCACGUCUCCCUGCAGCAUGCAGAGAAAGCCCUUAAAAGCAUCGAUAAGAACGGGAUGAUAACUAUCAGUAGUGAAGACUGGAGCAACUACAUGACGGUGGAGAAGACGGAGAACAUUCCUGAGAUCAUCCUCUACUGGAAACGCUCCACGAUAUUCGAUGUGGGCGAGAACCUGAUGGUGCCCGACGAUUUCACCAUUGAGGAGAAACGAACUGGAAUGUGGUGGAGGCACCUGGCCGCGGGCGGAGCAGCUGGAGCCGUUUCCAGGACUUGCACGGCUCCCCUGGACCGAGUCAAAGUCAUGAUGCAGGUUUAUGGAACUCGAACCAACAACAUGUGCAUCAUGAGUGGACUGAUGCAGAUGACCAAAGAGGGCGGUAUGAGGUCUUUGUGGCGAGGCAACGGCGUGAACAUCAUCAAAAUCGCCCCAGAGACUGCGCUCAAGUUCAUGGCGUACGAGCAGAUUAAACAAUUGAUCGGCAGCGAUAAGCAGACUCUGAGCAUCUUGGAGCGAUUUGUUGCAGGAUCUCUGGCAGGAGUGAUGGCCCAGAGUACCAUCUACCCCAUGGAGGUCCUGAAAACCCGUCUUGCUCUGAGGAAGACCGGGCAGUACGCUGGAAUCUCUGACUGCGCCAAGCAGAUCUUUAGGAGAGAAGGACUCGGUGCGUUUUAUAAAGGCUACAUCCCCAACAUGCUCGGCAUCAUCCCCUACGCUGGCAUCGACCUGGCCAUUUAUGAGACGCUGAAGAACAGCUACAUGGAGAAGUACGGCACCAACCGCACAGAUCCCGGCAUCUUGGUCCUCCUCGGCUGCGGCACCGUGUCCAGCACGUGCGGUCAGCUCGCCAGUUAUCCUCUGGCUCUGAUCCGGACCCGCAUGCAAGCACAAGCAGCGACCGAGGGCGGCCAGAACGUGACCAUGACGGGUCUCUUCAGACAGAUCCUGCAAAGUGAGGGCCCGACUGGGCUGUACAGAGGCCUGGCCCCCAACUUCCUCAAGGUCAUCCCCGCCGUCAGCAUCAGCUACGUCGUGUACGAGCACCUGAAGACCCAGCUGGGAGUGAAAUCACGCUAAACCCCCCCCCAUAUCUUUAUCAUGUGACUCUAAAAGCUCAAAUGACAUGUGAGCCUCACCCAAGCGAAGGUCACCUGUUAAGUGACAAAGGCACCCCACCCCCCCUCUCCCACAGCACAUGCUAUAGGGAAUCCCGGGGACCUUCUGGUCUCUCCGGGGUUCGGGGCCUCCUCAUUCUGUGAAUGUCAGCUGACGUGUGAAAAGAAAGGACACUGAACGUUGGAAAGGCCAAAAGUGUAGGAUAUGGACUCUGUGAGCUCAGGUUGUCGGGACUGUGACUGCUGCUAUUUAUGUUUUAAGAGGUCGUGUGGUGGAGCUGAACCACGAGGAGUACGAGUGACUGUAAGGACCAAAUGUGUUCGCUCUGUCUUCCAUUUGCCGUUUUGAACCAAAUGUCCACUUUUCCUUCUCUUUCAUGUUCUGUUUUGCAGGGUUUUCGGUCUUUUGAGUUAAAAGAUGCAUCACCAGCAGAAUAACUUGAGUUUAAAAAGAAUAUUCAGUGUUCAAGGCAAACAGAGCAUUUAUAAGUGUCACUUCAUGAGAAGAUUUUUGCACAUGUGCGUUUGCUCUCCCUUACACCUCUUUCCUGCAUGAAUGGAUGGAUGACAUGACUUUCUGAAUGACUUUGGAGUAUUUAUUUCCACCCAAUCCCGUAUUUAUUGUUUUUUAUUGUAUUGAAGAGUGAGGCGGUUCUUUAAUGUUUCCCGGCUGAAGAGCCAAAUGUGCAAUUGAGAACAGUUUUUUUUAUUUUUUUUUUUUAUUAUUAUUUUUUAAAAUGCAGUGUGAUUGUGGGAAAUAAACACCAGACAACGGCCUUAACUUGUGACGUCAAACACUAAAUGUUGUCUGGUGCACUGUUGAAAACGGGGGUUGGAGCUUGUACUCGUGUCGCUGUGGCUGACAAGGUUCUAGUUGCUCAGACAGCUUCAGGUUAUGUCUGUUAAUGUGUGUAGAUUUGUUUGUGCCCUUUUGGAAGAAAAAAAGUGUCUCAAUAUUCACCUCAGGUUUAAGGGCAGGUUAUUGUUUAAUAUACACAGAGGAGCACACUAGAUUCUUGUUUCACAUUUAUACUCGGGAGAAAAACAAGGGCUUGAAAAGGAUGAGCAACCAAUGCACUUUAAUUGAUGCUGGAACAGCCUCUGAAUGAAUGUCACUUCAAUCCAGGUAUUAAGAUUUGAAUUGUCUAAUGUUUUAAUGGACCAUUUUCAUGCAAAUAAAUGCAAAUUCUUGUCA